UUGGAAUCGUCCCCGCGGUGCGGAUCGGUGCACAGUGAGGCAGAGGGACCAGAGGCAGCGGCUGGGAGCGGUGAGCCGGAGAAGAAAUUAGAGCAGAAGCGGGAGGCGGAGCGAGUUCAGGUCGGCGGCCAGCGGGGCGAACUGCCCGGCGUUUUGCGGUGCUGUGGCGGAGAUGAGCGCGGCAGGGAAGCGCUGGGGCCGGCGGCAGCGAGCUCUGCUCUGGGCCGUGCUGCUGGCGGCGUGGGAGGCGGCGUGGGGGCAGCUGCGCUACUCGGUGCGCGAGGAGACGCCCAAGGGCUCGUUCGUGGGCGACGUGGCCAAGGACCUGGGGCUGCAGCUGCCGGCCCUCAAGGACCGCGAUGCCCAUGUUUUUGACACAGGUAGGGCACGGCACUUUUUUUUAGACUUGCAGAACGGCCACUUAUCUAUGAUGGAGCAGGUGGACAGAGAGGAGAUAUGCGCAGCUGUUGCUAAAUGUGUUCUAAACUUUGAAAUUCUUGUGAAGCGUCCAAUGAACAUUUACAAAGGGGAGGUAGAAAUAUUGGAUAUUAAUGAUAAUCCUCCGAGUUUCCCAGAAAGACUAAGUGUCUUAGAAGUCAGCGAGAACACUGCACCGGGUGCACGCUUCCCAUUAGAGAGAGCUCAUGAUCCCGACAUAGGAGUGAACUCUUUACAGAAUUACGAAUGUAGUGAGAGCAGCUAUUUCACCUUGGAUGUGAAAACCGGAGAUGACGGUGUGAAAUAUCCAGAAUUACUAUUGGUGAAAUCUUUGGAUCGAGAACAGCAGGCUGCUCAUAAUUUGAUACUGACAGCCACAGACAACGGGAGUCCCAUGAAAUCAGGAUCGACAACAAUCCAAAUCAUUGUGUUAGAUGGAAAUGACAAUGCUCCAGAAUUUACUCAGUCUGUGUAUAAGGUGACUGUGAAAGAAGAUGUGACUGUGGGAAGUCGGGUGUUACAGGUAACAGCGACUGACAAAGACGAAGGGCUGAACGCCCAGGUAAAAUACUCGUUCUUUAAAAUUCCAGAGAAGUUUGACAAGAUUUUUAAGAUGGAUCCAGAAACAGGUGAAAUUGUGAUAAUGGAGAACUUGAAUUUCGAAGAACAUGAGUUUUAUGAAUUGGUUGUGCAAGCUCGGGAUGCGGGUGGACUCUCUUCCCACAGCAAGGUACUCAUCAAGGUCAUUGAUGUAAACAAUUACAUUCCCGAGAUUGUCAUUAUGUCCGUGUUCAGUCCGGUUCCAGAAGAUACACCGCUGGGGACAGUAAUAGCAAUUUUCAGCGUCCAGGACAGGGAUUCUGGAGCAAACGGAGAGGUGCAGUGCAGCAUCAGCGAAAGCCACCCGUUCCGCCUAGAGAAAUCAUUCGAUAAUUACUAUCGCGUGGUGACUGCAGAACUACUGGACCGGGAGCAGGUGUCGGAGUACAACGUGACGGUGCGGGCGGCCGACGGCGGGUCGCCGGCGCUGCAGAGCAGCGCGGUGCUGGCGCUGCGGGUGUUGGACGUGAACGACAACGCGCCCGUGUUCGAGCAGGAGCGCUACAGCGCUCGUCUGGCGGAGAACAACGCGGCGGGCGCGCUGGUGCUGACGGUGCGCGCCACGGACGCGGACUGGGGGCAGAACGCGCGCGUGCGGUACCGGCUGCGGGAGGGGCGGGUGCGGGGCGCGCCGCUGUCGUCGUACGUGUCGGUGCAGGCGGAGACGGGCGCGCUGUACGCGCUGCGCUCCUUGGACUACGAGCAGGUGCGCGAGCUGCAGCUGUGGGUGCGUGCGGAGGACGGCGGCGCGCCGGCGCUGAGCAGCAACGUGUCGGUGCGGCUGCUGAUCGUGGACGAGAACGACAACGCGCCGCAGGUGCUGUACCCGGCUUCGGCGGCGGCGGCGGCGGCGGCGGCGGCGGGCUCGGGCGCUGCGUGGUCGGGCGUGGAGCUGGCGCCGCGCUGGGCGGAGGCCGGCGCGCUGGUGGCCAAGGUGGUGGCGGUGGACGCGGACGCGGGGCAGAACGCGUGGCUGUCGUACGAGCUGGCCAAGGCGACGGAGCCGGGGCUGUUCCGCGUGGGGCUGCACAGCGGCGAGGUGCGCACGGCGCGCUCGCCGCUGGCCCGCGACGCGGCGCGCCACAGCCUGGUGGUGGUGGUGAAGGACCACGGGCGGCCGGCGCUGUCGGCCACGGCCACGCUGAGCGUGGUGCUGGCCGAGAGCGUGGCCGAGCUGCUGGCCGAGCUGGGCAGCGCGGCCGAGGCGGCGGCGCCGGGCGAGGCGGCCGGCAGCCUGACGCGCUGGCUGGUGCUGGCCGUGGCCGCCGUGUCGUGCCUCUUCGUCGCCUUCCUGCUGCUGCUGCUGGCGCUGCGCCUGCGCCGCUGGCGCCGCCGGCAGCUGCUGCCGCCCGCCAGCGGCGCCUUGCGCGGCGUGCCCGUGUCGCACUUCGUGGGCAUCGACGGCGUGCGCGCCUUCCUGCAGUCCUACUCGCACGACGUGUCGCUCACGGCCGACUCGCGCAAGAGCCAGCUGCGCUUGUCGGGCGCCAGCUGCUGCGACACCCUCCCGGCCCGGCCGCUGCCCGACGAGCCCGCGCCGCUGCUCGGGCAGGAGGAUGUGGCCGCCGCCCUCCCCGCCGAUUCUUCCGCUCCCUCGGUGAGUUUCUCUGUCCAGAAUUUCUGCACAAGCGUUUCUCCUGAUGGUGUCGAACUCUUUCCCCGCAGUGUUCCCUGGCUUGCAUAGGAGAUUUUCCUGAAA